GAAGCCGGCUGGGGUCCUUCUGCGUGAGGCGUCGCAGGCGGGCGCCGGUGGGCCGUUAGGUGCGCGCGUGCCGGCGGCGGCCACCAUGUAUUACAAGUUCAACGGUUUCACGCAGAGGCUGGUCGGGGCCGCGGCGUCCGCCGCCUACAACCCCCAGGGACUCAAACCAAUAGUAUCCACUGAAUCCCCAGCUUUGAUUUUUGGGACAACAACUAAACUUGCUUCAGAUUUACCAGCAGCUGGUUCUUUCUUGGGUAAAAACAAGGUGCCAGACCUACAGAAACUUUUUCAGAAAGCAGAUGGACUGCCAGUACACCUGAAACGGGGAGUUCCAGAUAAGCUGCUUUAUCGGACCACUAUGGCUCUAACAAUAGGCGGGACUAUCUACUGUCUAGUAGCACUGUACAUGGCCUCACAACCAAGAAACCAAAAGUAAAUGAACUAAUGGGACUAAUGGUAUUUCUCUGAAGGACCUCCUGCAUGUAUCUCUCUCCACUUGCUUUUUAAUCCUGCAAUCAUAUAGGGUGUGUUAUUCAGAUCAAAUGUGUUUGAGAAAGUAUUUUUAAAUUGGUUGCCUUAUGUAUUCUGAAAAUCAUAAAAACAAGGACUUAAAGCAGUCGUUGUAUUGUAUGGUUGUUGCCUUGCAUUUGUUCUUGUGCAGGAGUGCAUAAACAGUUGGAGAAAGUUUACUUUUCUUCCUUCCCUUCUUCCACACUGUGGAAGACACACAGAUAAGACAGGAGAAAUACACUUUUUAGACAAUAUUCCAUGCCACUUGGUGGGGAGAUGCUAUCAGUUUCAAAAACAGCAAAGCAAAUGAUUUAAUUAGUACUUGACACCAAGAAUAUGUUCCUAUCAUAAACAGCUUGUUUUACAUAAGCAGGUGGCAAUAGAACUUUUCCAAAUGCUGGUAUAUCAUUAAGUAUUUGUACCUUUAGUAAUCAAUAGGACAAAGGGCUUAUCUCCUUGGAUUAUUCAAGCUGGGUUUUUCCAUAAUGUAAACAUCAAUGUAUACAGCAGAAUGCAGCAAUACUGUAGCAUCAGUUAUACCAGUUUUUGGACUAUUACUUGUCAAACUCUCAUAUUGUGCAAUAAAGCUAACUGCAUGAAUAAUAAAA